AUGACUACUGAGACAUUAAAGGAAAAUGAUAUCAAUAAUAUGAUUCUAAAUCUAAUGGAGAAAAAAAAGAAAGAAACAUUACCGAAGAAAACUAAAUGUAAAAGAAAUAUUAAAAAAGGAAAUCCUGAUAAAAAUCAAAUAAAAAGUAAUUUAGAUAUUUUUUUUAAAGAACAAGAGGAAAUUUAUAAAAAUGAAGAAAUUAAUAUAAUAGACUAUAUACAAAAAGAAGCAAAAAACAAAGAAAAAGAAUUGAACGAUUACUACAUGUAUUGUCAAAAUUUUAAAAAAAAAUAUAAAAAUAAUUUUAAUGAUACAAUUAUGAAAUCUGAGGAGAUCAAAAAGGAUCUAAAAGAUUUACAUAUUGAAUAUUUAGACAACAAAAUACUUUUAGAAAAUAAGAGGAGAAUAGAAUUAGAUAGUAUGUCCAAUUUUUAUAAAGAAAAAUUAUUAGAAGUUAAAAGACAGUGGGAUAAUAAAACUUUUUGUGAUGAAAAUUUAAAAAAUAUAGUUUAUGAUAUAUUAAAUGUAAUAAAUUAA